CGCCUAAAUCCGGGCUUCAAUUCUUAUCCCCAUCCCGCGCUUCAGCCUAAUCCCACAGAAUCAGACACACAACACGAAGGGCGAAUCAUAUCUUUGAUCUCCUCCUUCCGAAACCGAAACCGAAACCCUACUUCUCGACUUCGUUCCUCUCCAAGAUCGGCUUCCAUUCCCGCUCGUCCUCGUCGUCUUCCGUCGCUUCGCCUCAAGAUCACCAUGCCUAAAGCGAAUAAGACCCACUCCACAGUCGACGGUAACCGGUUGAAGCGCAAGGGCGCUGGAGCAGGAAGCAAGCGGUCGAGGAAACCUGCAAAGGAUCCAAACAAGCCAAAGAGGCCUCCGAGCGCUUUCUUUGUGUUUAUGUCUGAGUUCAGAGAGCAGUAUAAGAAGGAACAUCCAGAGAAUAAAUCAGUCACUGCUGUCGGCAAAGCUGGCGGUAAUGAAUGGAAAGCCAUGUCUGAUGCUGACAAAGCUCCCUAUAUUGCCAAGGCAGAGAAGAAGAAAGCGGAAUACGAGAAAACUAUUAAAGCGUACAAUAUGAGAUUGGCUGAGGGCAAAAAUCCUUCAGAGCAAACAGAGUCUGAUAAAUCAAACUCAGAAGUCAAUGACGAUGAUAAAGACGACGAAGAGGAGGAAGAGGCGGACGAGUGAAGAUGGGAAAACCGGAAAAUAAAUAUAGGCUUUCCAGGGUAGUCCAUAAUAAUUAUGCAUAGGUUUGAUUAUUAUAUAUUAACCAUUUUAAGCCCAGAGCUGCAUUUGUUGAUAAAUAAAUUGUUUCUGGUGUUGUGCUCGUAUACUUGGGUCGGAUUAGAGUAGGGUUCAUUAGGUUCCUUAUCAUGAUCCUGCAAAGCAAAAUACUCAUCAAGCGCGGAUGAUUUUGCUCCAACAUACGCAUUCAAAUUCUUUUAUGGAUAUUUGUUGGGCAUGUUCAUAUUCCUUUUGUUUGAUGAAUCGCCAAUAUUCUGAAUCUAGUUUCCGUUCAUCGGCAUGAUAAUACAGCCAAUAAUGGAGCAUGACUAUGUAUAGUGUAUACAGAGACUUGGUGAAAUGGAUAGUAUUGUUGUUGGCAAAAGAAAUGGAAUGGAUGUUGGAAACGCUGUUAA